AUGCGGUUGCCCUCGUUAUCAGCAGCGCUCCUUGGUGCGCUCGCAUGGACUGCCCGCGCUGAUGAUCUUGAUGAUAACAUCAGGAGUAUUUCGCCCUACCUGGACUCGGACAUGCAAAGCCGCUGGUACGACUUUGGCGGAGAUACCAUUAUUCGAACCGAUUCGUACAUUCGACUUACUUCGGAUCGUCCAUCGCAGUCAGGGUGGAUGUACUCACGAGUUCCCCUCACUGCGACAAACUGGCAGGUCGAGGUUGAAUUCAAGAUCUCGGGCAAGAACCAGCUUUAUGGAGACGGAUUUGCUAUGUGGAUAACCCGCCAACGUGCGCAACAGGGUACUGUCUUUGGAGGACCCGACAACUUCGAAGGCCUCGGGGUCUUCAUCGACACUUACAAGAACAACCGUCCCGGCGUUGUCUUCCCCUAUGUCAUGGCCAUGUAUGGUGAUGGCAAGACCUCCUACGACAAAUCCAACGAUGGAAAGCACACCGAGCUCGCUGGCUGCUCUGCGCGUGGUAUUCGACAUGCGAGUGUCCCCACCAAGAUGCGCCUCACCUACUUCCAGGACAAACAACUCAAGCUAGAGCUCCAGUACAAGGUUGAGGAUGAGUGGCAGACGUGCUUCGACCUUGAGGAUCCCCCAGCCAUUCCUAACAUUGCCUAUGUUGGUUUCACUGCUGAGACUGGUGAGCUCAGCGACAACCACGAUAUCAUUUCCGUGGCGGCCAAGAACCUUUACACUCAGCCUGGCACCAGCAACACUGGCAAGUCGUCUGGCACUAAGAACAAGGGACGCAAGGGCACCGGUAAGACCACCAACGGAAACAAUCAAGGUGGUAGCUGGACAUGGUUCUUUACCAAAAUCAUCCUGUUCAUCAUUGUUGCUGGCGGUGCUUAUGUUGGCUACACUGCGUACCGAGCCAAGGCCAAAUCGCACAGGUUCUAG